AUGCUCCCCGAACGCAAUUCGAGUACCGUCACUGGCGUCCACCACAAGUCGGUCGCAGAAGAACCGGUCACUUCCGUCCUCGCACCGGGAGAGGUUCCAAUCUUGGACCGAGAGUUGAAUGAUGACGAGGAGGUUUUAGCAGCUUUGGGUUACAAACCCGAAUUCAAGCGCGAAUUCUCGCUGUGGACGUCUUUCUGCGUCUCUUUCGCUGUCCUCGGCUUACUACCGUCUUUCGCCUCCACCGUCUACUAUGGCAUGGGAUAUGCAGGGACCCCUGGCAUGGUCUGGGGAUGGUUGAUCGCAAUGGCAUUCAUCCAAUGUGUGGCAAUGGGGAUGGCUGAAUUAUGUUCAUCUAUGCCUACCAGUGGCGGUCUUUACUAUGCCGCAGCUGUCCUCGCACCUCCCGGAUACGGACCACUUGCUGCAUGGAUUACUGGUUGGUCCAACUGGCUAGUCCAAGUUACCGGCGCUCCUUCGGUGGAUUACGCUUUGGCCUCGAUGAUUCUGGCUGCCGGUUCCAUCAACGAUCCUUCUUACGUCCCUCAAAACUAUCAGGUUUUUCUAUUAACCACCCUCAUCAUGAUUGUCCAUGCCGUCAUCUCGUCGAUGCCGACUAAAUGGAUCGCCACAUUCAACUCAUAUGGCAGCACCUUCAACAUCAUUGCAUUGGUGGUUACCAUCAUCGCCAUCCCAGCUGCCACGAACCGCCCAGAAAAGGGUCUGCCCCGUUUCACCAAGAGCAGUACCGUUUGGGGCAAUUGGUACGAGGGCACCGACUUCCCGAACGGUGUCGCUCUCCUCAUGUCGUUCAUCGCUGUCAUCUGGACCAUGUCCGGCUAUGAUGCACCUUUCCACUUGGCGGAGGAAUGCAGCAACGCCAACAUUGCCAGCCCGCGAGCGAUCGUUCUAACAUCAGGAGUUGGCGGGUUGAUGGGUUGGUUUCUGCAGCUGGUCGUGGCUUACACUGUCAUCGACAUUGACUCGGUCCUUAGCUCGGAGAUUGGCCAGCCUUGGGCGUCGUAUCUGAUGGAAGUUCUUCCCAAGAAUACGGCACUGGCCAUUUUGUCUUUGACCAUCAUUUGCGGCUUUUCAAUGGGUCAGGGUUGCAUGGUUGCUGCAUCGCGGGUCACCUACGCCUACGCCCGCGACGACUGCUUCCCGUUUUCGAAUAUUUGGAAGAAGGUCCAUCCAUGGACUAAGACUCCUGUCAACGCGGUAUGGUUCAAUUGUGUGGUCGGCAUCCUCCUGACCUUGCUGUUGUUUGGGGGCGAGGCAUCCAUUGGUGCCAUCUUCAGCGUUGGGGCUUUGGCGGCGUUUGUGGCCUUUACUAUCCCCAUCACGAUCCGCACAUUUUUCGUCGGCAGCCGGUUCCGCCGCGGACCAUGGCAUCUGGGCAAAUUUUCGUAUCCCAUUGGUGUGGCCUCUACCUGUUUUACCACGUUGAUGAUCCCCAUACUUUGUCUACCCAGUGUGACUGGCUCGGAUUUGGACCCGUCGUUGAUGAAUUGGACCUGUCUCGUCUGGGGCGGACCGAUGCUGAUCAUUUUGGUCUGGUGGGUGGUCGAUGCACACAAAUGGUUCAAGGGACCAAAGGUCAAUAUUGAGCAUGCAAUGCUGGGGAGGGAGGGCAAUGUUUUGGAUGCUAAGGAUGCAGGUUCGGAUACUGGGUCUCAAACUACUCCGUAUUCUGUUAAAGGGGGUAAAGCGGCCGAGGUGUAG